AUAAAGUGUAGUUCAGAGAAAAGAUCAAAUCGCAGAGAGUUAGAGUUAGAGGUAGAGAGAGGUAGAGAGAGAGAGUUAAAGCGAAAUGUCUCAGUUUUUCGUCGCAGUUUCUGCGGUUCUCCUGGCGCUCGUGAUCGUGUGGAUCUGCGGACACGCGCGGAGAAGGCGCCCCGGGGAGCCUCCGCUGGUCUCUGGAUGGAUCCCGAUCAUCGGAGUCACUCUGGAUUACGCCGCAAACCCUUUAGACUUCUUAAGAGAGACGCAGAAGAAAUAUGGGGAUGUUUUCACGUGUGCCAUUGCUGGGAAAUACUUCACUUUUGUCACGGACCCUUUCUCUUUUUCCACUGUGGUACGGCAAAGCAGAAAUCUGGACUUUAAGAAGUUUUCUCUUGGAUUUUCUCACCGGGUCUUCGGUCACGCUGACUUCAACGAACCGCAGUUUAGUGAGAGUUACAGGGAAGUUCACGGGCUGUUUCGACAGACGCUUCAAGGCCCGUCUCUACAGGAGCUCGGCGAGUCCAUGAUGUGCAACCUACAGUCGGUUCUGGACCGAGAGAACGAGUCCGUGUUGCGUAAUCCACAGUCGGUUCUGGACCGAGAGAACGGAUCUGAACACCAGUGGCUGGAAGAAGGUCUUCAGAGCUUCACGAACCGCAUCAUGUUCGAGGCCGGGUUCGUCACGCUCUUCGGGAGAGACCCGGGCUUUCUCCAGGCCAGCAGAACUGGCAUGCGGGAGUUUCUGGCGUUCGAUCACGCGUUCCCGUUCCUGGCGGCCGGCGUUCCCAUCGGAUUGAUCCCGCGAGUGUGGAGAGCGAGAGAAGCUUUAGCCGAGGAUCUCAUGCAUGAUGAACUUCACCGACGGAAAUGCAUCUCGGAUCUGAUUCAGCGCAGAAUGGAGGCUUUUGAUCGCAUGCCUCUGGACGAAACUGGAAAAGCACGGACACAUGUGUGCAUGUUAUGGGCGUCGCAGGCUAAUACACUUCCUGCGGCCUUCUGGAGUCUGUAUUACACACUCAGAUCUGCGGACGCUCUCACCGCUGCUCGCACAGAGAUCAACAGCGUUCUGUCCGGUCAGGUAUUAACCAACCAGGACCAGCGAAUCGAGCUUUCUCGAGAGCAGCUGGACUCCAUGACUGUCCUAGAGAGUAUAAUCGAGGAAGCUCUUCGCCUGUCCAGCGCCUCCAUGAUGAUCCGCGUCGCUAAUGAAGACUUCACUCUGAAGCUGGACUCGGGUCAGACAGCGGAUAUACGGAGAGGAGAUCACGUCGCUCUUUACCCGCAGCUCAUACACAUGGACCCCGAGAUCUUCCCCGACCCCACAGAGUUCAGAUUCGGACGCUUCCUAGAUGAGAACGGUCAACGCAAGACGCAUUUCUUCAGGAACGGGCGGCGACUGAAGCACUUCUUGAUCCCGUUCGGCUCCGGUGUCAGCGAGUGUCCGGGACGCUUCUUCGCGCUUAACGAGAUCAAGCAGUUCCUGGCCGUGACUCUGUGGCGUUACGAUCUCCAUCUGUGUGACGCUGGUGUCCCGCUGGAUCCGGACGCCCGGCGCGCCGGUCUCGGUGUUCUGCCGCCCUCGCGGGACGUCCCGCUCCGAUACAGGAGGAGAACACACACCAAAUACUGAUGCACCUCUUGAUGCUAUUUCCAUCAAGAUGAGCAUCAUUUUUUGUUAAAGACCUUAUAUUGGCAACACAAGAUUCCAGCUCUCUGUAAAGUCUCCUCCAGAACAUCCCAAACACUUACACAUUAUACUGGAGAAUUUCAUGCUCCUCCCAAUCAUUCUUACACACUCUGAGCCUGAUGAAUCCUGGCUUUAGGGACACAACUGUCCCACAUUACGGAGAAAACUGUCCCACAUUAGGGACACAACUGUCUCACAUUAGGAACACAACUGUCCCACAUUAGGGAGAAAACUGUCCCACAUUAAGAACACAACUGUCUCACAUUAGGAACACAACUGUCCCACAUUAGGGAGAAAACUGUCCCACAUUAGGGACACAAAUGUCUCACAUUAGGAACACAACUGUCCCACAUUAGGGAGAAAACUGUCCCACAUUAAGAACACAACUGUCUCACAUUAGGAACACAACUGUCCCACAUUAGGGAGAAAACUGUCCCACAUUAAGAACACAACUGUCUCACAUUAGGGACACAACUGUCCCACAUUAGGGAGAAAAAUGUCCCACAUUAGGGACACAACUGUCUCACAUUAGGAACACAACUGUCCCACAUUAGGGAGAAAACUGUCCCACAUUAAGAACACAACUGUCUCACAUUAGGGACACAACUGUCCCACAUUAGGGAGAAAACUGUCCCACAUUAAGAACACAACUGUCUCACAUUAGGGAGAAAACUGUCCCACAUUAAGAACACAACUGUCUCACAUUAGG